AAGUCUCAGAGCAUCAUGAAGUGGUUGGUCCUGGCAUUCGUUUGUUUCCAUCUGUCAGAGGGGCUGGAAAGAAUUAUUCUAAAGAAAGGAAAGUCAGUUCGGGAGAACAUGAAGGAAAAAGGAGUGCUGGAAAAAUAUCUAACAAAACACCGUAUCGAUCCUGCAUUGAAAUACCACAGGAAUGAAUACACCGUUGCUCAGGAACCAAUAACCAACUUGUUGAAUACAUACUACUUUGGAGAGAUCAGUAUUGGGACUCCACCACAGAACUUCCGUGUUCUCAUGGACACUGGAUCUGCCAACCUCUGGGUACCCUCUGUGCAGUGUAAUACUUAUGCCUGUGGCAAUCAUAACAAGUUCGAUCCAAGUGCAUCCUCUACCUUUGUCAACAACGGACAAACCGAUACCCUGUACUAUGGGAGCGGUAGCUUGACCAUUGAGCUAGCCUAUGAUACUGUGCAGAUCCAGAAUAUUGUGGUUUACAACCAAGAAUUUGGCCUAGGUGUGAGUGAGCCUACUGAUCCCUUCUAUUAUGCCAGUUUUGAUGGGAUCAUGGGGCUUUCCUAUCCUUCCAGUGCAGUAGGCCAUGUAGGGGGUGCCACUGUUCUGCAGCAGAUGCUGAGCCAAAACCAGCUUUCUGAACCCAUCUUCAGCUUCUAUUUCUCACGAAACCCAACUGUUCAGUAUGGAGGAGAAUUGAUCCUUGGAGGUAUUAAUGAUCAGCUGUUCUCUGGUCAGCUUACCUGGACACCCGUCACCCGUGAAGCUUACUGGCAAAUUGGCUUUCAGGAGUUUCUAAUUGGUAACCAGGUUACUGGCUGGUGCAGCUCAGGCUGCCAGGCUGUCGUGGACACUGGGACGUCUACGCUGGCUAUCCCACAGCAGUAUAUUGGGAGUUUUGUGCAGUACGUAGGAGCUCAGCAGGACAACAAUGGAGAUUAUUUUGUGAACUGCAAUAACGUCCAGAAUUUGCCUACCAUCACCUUUACCAUUAAUGGAGCUCAGUUCCCACUGCCUCCUUCUGCCUAUGUCAGCAAUGACAAUGGCUACUGCACCCUUCAGAUUGAGGCCACAUACCUGCCUUCCCCAUCUGGGGAGCCUAUGUGGACCUUUGGUGAUGUCUUCCUCAAGGAGUAUUAUUCUGCCUACGAUAUAGGAAACAACAUGAUGGGCUUUGCACCAUCAGUCUAGAGAGACCAAAAGUCCAAGCCUGUUGAGAAGAAAAAUACUACUGUUCCCUUGGACACUUCGUAGAGGGUCCUAAAUUGUUUGUAAAUGAAAUGGUGUAUCCUCAACUUUCUGUAAUGCACCUGCCUUACCCUGGGUAUAAUCAAAUCUUUUGAAAUCCACUGCUGAAGAGCAAUAAACUCUGGUAUGCCAAA